CUCCAUAAAAAAGCCAAAGCAAAACCAACAACUUCACCCCUCCUUCCCUUUCCCAGGGCACGUGUACGGUUCUCAUUUUAAAUGGACGCUUAGUUCGGGAACUGGGCCAUUAUCUUCUUUGACGCCUAGUUCGUUAAAAAAUUAUCUUUCUUAACGAUUGUUUGAUUUGAUCCUUUUUUUUAACGUUCAUGUUAAGUAUUUUGUUAGUAGUUUAGUUCGGAAUCUCUACUGUAAUCAUCUGUUUAAUCACCUAUUAUUUGUAAAGAAAUAUUCCAACGAGCUAUAUCAAAAUUCUCUAACGUAAACAGAUAUGGUUUCACCUUCCAAAGCCUUCUCAGUUCUUCUCUUGAUCUCACUCUCACUCUCACUCUCACUCUCUCUUCUUCUUCCUGCUGCUCCAAUCCUCUCUUGGGACACCUGCAGGGAUAAUGGAGGGAGUUAUCCGGAGCCAGAGCCUCUUAUCCCUCCCUUCCAAUCCUCAAACUCGCGCCUUUAACCCUCUCCGCAACCUCAGAGCCCAUCUCCACCUCCGCCCCAACCGACCCAUCAAUGGUGGCUUCCCUGCCCCAACGCUCAGAGCCCAAAACCCACCAAAACCCUCUCAUGGGUUCUCCCCAAAUGCUCCCAAUCCAUCGUUUUCGCCUGAAAGUUCGAUUUUUUCGUCGAAGCAGAGGAACCCGACUCAUGGGUGGUGGUUUCGUAGUAGAGAUGGGAGCCUCCACGUCCGCCGCGCCGGAGCCGCUAUUCCGGCGCCGGCGCCGGAGCCGGAGCAGGAGAAGCCCAAGUUCCUUGGCGUCGAGGUCCAAACCCUGAAGAAGAUCAUCCCACUGGGUAUCAUGUUCUUUUGCAUCCUCUUCAACUACACCAUUCUUAGAGACACCAAGGACGUGCUCGUCGUCACCGCAAAAGGAAGCAGCGCCGAGAUCAUCCCCUUCUUAAAGACGUGGGUGAACCUGCCCAUGGCGGUGGGGUUCAUGCUCUUGUACACCAAGCUCUCCAAUGUGUUGUCAAAGGAGGCUCUUUUCUACACAGUUAUCUUCCCCUUCAUCGCCUUCUUUGGGGCUUUCGCCUUUGUGCUGUACCCGCUUAGUGAUGUUAUCCACCCCACCGCUCUCGCCGAUAAGCUUCUCGCGGCGCUCGGCCCGAGCUUUCUCGGGCCUGUCGCGAUUCUGAGGAUAUGGAGCUUCUGCUUGUUCUACGUAAUGGCGGAGCUCUGGGGCAGCGUCGUGAUCUCGGUGCUCUUCUGGGGUUUUGCCAAUCAGAUCACCACCGUGGAGGAAGCCAAAGAAUUCUAUCCUCUGUUCGGCCUGGGAGCGAAUGUGGCCCUCAUCUUCUCGGGCCGGACGGUAAAAUACUUCUCUAACCUGAGAAAGAAUUUGGGUCCUGGAGUCGACGGCUGGGCCAUCUCUCUCAAAGGAAUGAUGAGCAUUGUGGUCCUACUGGGUCUCGUCAUCUGCGCAAUCUACUGGGGAGUGAACAAAUUCGUUCUGAAUGAUCCCUCCCUUCCAAGAAUUGAACGUAAAAAGAAGGAGAAACCCAAACUUGGUAUGGGUGAGAGUCUUAAAUUAUUGCUAUCUUCUAGAUAUAUGAGGGAUCUCGCCACAUUGGUGGUUGCUUAUGGCAUAAGCAUUAACCUUGUUGAAGUGACCUGGAAAUCGAAACUCAAGGCACAGUUUCCGAGCCCUAACGAGUAUUCUUCUUUCAUGGGCGAUUUCUCAACCGCCACCGGUAUAGCAACUUUCACGAUGAUGUUGCUGGGCCGAGUAAUACUGAGAAAAUUCGGGUGGGGGGUGGCUGCCAUGAUCACCCCGACAGUUUUGCUUCUAACAGGAGUCGGGUUCUUCUCGCUAAUAUUGUUAGGCGAGCCAUUGGCUCCUAUUUUGGCUAAGUUCGGUAUGACUCCUUUGCUAGCAGCUGUUUAUGUGGGAGCAUUGCAGAAUAUUUUCAGUAAGAGCGCAAAAUACAGCUUAUUUGAUCCUUGCAAGGAAAUGGCAUAUAUUCCUUUGGAUGAAGAUAUGAAGGUCAAAGGUAAAGCUGCAAUUGAUGUAGUCUGCAACCCAUUGGGGAAGUCGGGCGGCGCAUUGAUCCAGCAGUUCAUGAUUCUGACAUUCGGGUCCCUUGCAAACUCAACCCCCUAUCUCGGAGGAAUACUACUCGUGAUCGUUCUUGCAUGGAUAGGUGCCGCGAGGUCCUUGGACUCUCAGUUCUCUCCCUUGGCUAAGCUGGAGUUAGAGAGGCAGAAAAUGAUGAAGGAAAAGGUAAACGAACCGACAAUCAGUGUGGACACUGCAACCGGCUCUCUUCAUGAAUCCACGGCCGCCGCGAGUUCGUCAAACGAGUCAGCUUCGAAGAAGAUAUUAUCUUCUGAAUUUGAGAACUCAUCAGAAACCUCGACUCCCCAGCCUCAGUAAUGUUAAUUUAGGCAAUUUACAGAGUAAAGCGGCUGUUAUGAGGAGAGAGACCCAGUAAUUAAGUUAGUGUUGCAUCAUUCUAGAUAGAAAAUAAGGUGAAGGGGUUAUGUAGCACUCGUUUGUUCUAUCACUUAUGCUAGAGAGAGAGAGAAAGAGAGAGGAUAAAUUGGCCAGUUGUAAAUUGUAAUAAGCUGUUGUUGUAUCAGCAUCAAGAGGCCACACGUCAGGAACUAUGUUCACAUAGCCAAAACGAGGUGCCGGUGCGAAAAAUGAGUCAGUCAUCUUUUUCUCA